AAAAGGACUGAUAGCAUGGAUAUUUUAAAACUAUUCAAUGAAACGUACUAUACUUUAGAGGACGAACUGAAAAAGAAUAUUGCCAAAAAGAUAAGAGAAAAAAACAAAAAGAUGGAAUUAAAAUUAGAGGAGAGCAGACUUUUAACUGAAACAGAUUUCAAAGAAUUAGGCAUAACUAACAAAGAAGGCAGAGAAGGUUAUGUUUUAGAACAAACGCAAGAUCUUCAAAAUGAACUAAUUGAUGUUAAAAGAUAUUAUCAGACAUGGUUAGAAGAGCAAGACGCAGCAGAAGAGGUAUUGGGUGGAGUAGUAUUUGCCAUUGAAUUAGUAACCUUUUCUUUGUUCUUCUUUGAAGAGGGAUUUAUAAGUCUUUUAAGAUCAUAUAAAACACCGAUAUACCAACGAAAUAAAUCAAAGUUAAUGGUUUUUGAUUAUAACGACUUUGACUUUAUGAUGUCUUGGGCUUUGUCAUUUCUAAAUAAAUUCGGCCCUCUGGCAGUAUAUAGUUAUAAAAGUUUUGUAACCUUCUUUUUCAUGUGUAUGAUGUGGAGAAGUUACUCUGCAUUUGUUAGAACAGGGGAACGUGGGGAACAAAGCAUAGUACCUUAUGCUCAUGGCGAUGUUAUGAUAUGGGAUAAUGAAGAUUGGGAUCUGAAAACAAAUAAAGUAUGCCAAAAUUGUGGAGGAAAAAUCAGACAGUUUGGCAGUAAAGAUGAGAAUGUUGGUAAAUGUGUAGAGCAAUGUUGUAACAGAUUGACUAAUUUAGAUCUGUUACCAACAAAAAAGGAGUUCAUGAAAGAAGUUAGUGUUUUUAAAAAUUUAGAUUAUGGCGGAUUCAUAAAACUUGUAUCAGUAAGAAAAAAAGGAAUGACAAUUUUAUUAAAGAAUGGUGAUUGGAUAGACAUCUUCUCAACAAUGAAAUCUAAUGAAAAUAGAAUAUCUGGUUAUUAUCACUACAAAAAAGGAGGCCAUGUAUAUUUAGAACAUGUUGGAAGGUGUAAAGAAGACAGACGAAAUCAAUUUAGCAAAAAGGACAUCGUGAUGGCUGGAGGUAUCGCUUUCAGUAUUCUUGGGGAAACUAACGAUCCGGCAGAAUUUUUUAAUUUUGUUUUAAACAUCCUUUAUGGAACAUUAGAAUUUGAAUAG